AUGGCAAAUUUGCAUCCCCUCGCGGGAGGUUUGCAUAUUUUGUUGUUCAUAUUGGGAAUACUAUCUCUUUUGCUGAGGUUCUAUUCUCGAGCAUUCGUCAUUCGAAGAUGGGGUCUCGAUGACACGCUUGCGGUCGCGACUUUGUUCCUGUAUGUCGCGCUCCAAGCCGUACACCAGCUCAUGCUGAACGCGGGAUGUGGCUUGGACGGUCCAAAUGAAUGCAGCCCGACUAUAAAUUCAAGCAUUCCAAAGAUCCUGUUGGCCACUCAAGUGCUGUACGCACUGACGCACUUCACGAUCAAAAGUACAUUCCUUGCAUUCUAUGUGCAUCUGUCCCCAGCGCGGACCUUUCGCAUCCUAGUGUAUGUUGGAGCAGCUCUGAACGCAUCUGUAUUCAUCACCAACGAACUCCUCAUCGUUCUGCGCUGUCAACCGCCCAAAGAAGUGUUCUCGCCAGGUUCCACCCCGGACGCAAAGUGCAUGUCGCAGGCAGUGACAUUUUGGUCUCCUGUGGUACUUAACCUCAGUGUCGAUGUCUACAUCCUUACACUCCCAAUCCCCGUUAUCUGGGGCCUCCGCAUGCCUGCCAAACGUCGCCUCGCCGUUCUGGCCAUCUUUAGCUCAGGCUUCAGUGCAAUUCUGACAUCUGCAUUCUGGGUCUUCGCCUGGGGCAAAAUGCGCGAUCAUCAGACUUCGCCCGCGCUUGCAAUCAACACCAUCAUCUCCUCUGUGGAACUCUUCUUUGCGGUAAUGGCCGUCAACAUGCCGGCUUUCAAACCGCUUUGGACACGGAUGGUAGGCGAUGUGACGACGCCACCGGCUGCAUCGUACAAAAUGGAUGGCUGGUCGCGCGAGAAAAGUACACCGAGGUCCAGACCUGCACCUGUGGAAAGUUCAAUCAUUUCCUCUAUGGGGAAGUCGUCGAGGGAUUCGAGGGGUGUUCUGGGCUCGGAGUCCGAAGAGGACCUUGUUGAAGCACAGACGCCUUUGCAUUCGGAUGGCGCGAGUGCAGCGGAAGCGGGACGGAGACGGGUAUGGAUGGAUGAAGAUGGAAUUGAAUUUGUAAUCGCGGUGCCUUCAAGAAGCGACAAGUACUCUUCUUCGUCGGAAAGGCGUCGCGACCCUCGAGAUGAGAUUUGUUUCGACACUUGA